AUGACAGACAGCAGCAGCAUCAGCAUCAACAGCAUCAGCAGCAACAGCAGCAGCAGCAACAGCAGCACUUGCGUGCAGUGCCUUACCAGUUAUUUUCUUGCUGCUUCAUCAGUGCCCCACAGCGAUCCGCAGCAGCUCCUGCUGCUACGUGCUUGCUGCUGCGGCUUCUUGCUGCUGCUAGGCGAAGCAUCUCCUUCCUGGGCUUCUGCUGCAGUACCUCCCCCCAUCAGCAGCAGCAUCAGCAGCAGCAGCAGCAGCAGCAGCAUGUGGACAGCGCAAGAGUAUCACAUUAGCAGAAUAGCAGCAGCAGGGCCUCUGCUGCUGCAGCUGUACAGCGCUGGGUUUAAAUCUUGGCUGCGGGAGCAGCUGAUUGAAAAGAAGCUUAGGCGAGGCAGCAGCAGCAGCAACAGCAGCAGCAACAGCAACAGCAGCAGAAGCAGCAGCAGCAGCAGCAGGUGGUUUGAUAUCCUUGUGGAGGGAGAAACUUGGGCAGCGGCAACAGCAGUAGCACCUGCUGCAGCUGCUGCUGGAAUGCUGCCUCUAGCAGCAGCAGCAACAACAGCAGCAGGUGCUGCUGCUGCAGCAGAAGCAGCAGCAGCAGCAGCCGAUUCAGAUGCUGCAGGCACCUCGGAAGGGAGGCGGCAAGAACAGCUACUGCAGCAAGAGACAAGACAUCAGCAGCAACAGCAGCAGCAGCAGGAGAUGCCGCAGGAUCAGCAACAGCAGCAGCAACAACAGGAACAACAACAACAGCAACAACAACUGCAGCAACAGCAGGUGCAGCAACAGCAAGACCAGAAGCUGCAGCAACAGCAACAGGAGCACGCGAAGCAAGAGCAGCAGCAGAAAUACUUGAAGCCGCAGCAGCAGCAGCAGCAGGAAUGUCAGCAUCAACAACAGAAGCCAGAGCAGCACGAGCAGCAACUGCUGUUGCUGCAAACUCAGGAGCAGCAUGCGCAGCAGCAACAACAGCAGCAAAAAGGACAUACGCAGCAAGAGCAGCAGCAGCAAGAGCAGCAGCAGCAAGAGCAGCAGAAGCAAGAGCAGCAGCAGCAAGCAGAAGACCUACGCCCUCCCAAGAGGCUUCGUUGCGAGCUUGAUGCUGCAGCAGCAACAGAAACUACAGCAGCAACAACUGCAGCAGCAGCAGCAACAACAACAACAGCAACAGCAGCAGCUGAUGCUGCUGCAGACGGCACCCCCGUGCCUGAAUCCCCUUGUGCUGCUGAGGAGGCCUCUCCUCCAGCAGCAGCAGCAGCAGCAGCAGCUGCAGCAGCGGCGCCAUCUGCUGCUGCUGCUGCUGCUACAACACCUUCCGAAGGCGAGUCUUCAUCAGAUGAAGAGGCGGGCAAUGUUCCUGCUGCAGCUUUUUUGCUGCAGCAGCAACUGAGCAGCUUUAUUAGAGCGCAUGCAACAUCAAGAGUUAACGCAGAAAAGCGAGCAGCAGCAGCACCUUCUGCUGCUGCAGCAGCAGAAGCAACAGCAGCAGAAUUCAUUCGCCGCUUUAUGCCACAGCAGCAGCACUUCUGGGGGCCCCAGGGGCCCCCCUUUAAAUCAACGGAGGUGAAGUCAAGAGAAGCAGCUUGGGAGAAGCAGCUGAAGCAGGAAAAGCAGCAGCAGCAGCAGCAGCAGCAGCAGCAGCAGCAGCAGAAGCAGCAGGAAGCAGCAUAUGCAGAGGAGAGAGUGCCCUGGACUCUGCUAAGCGCUGAUGCAGCAUCUGCUGCUGCAGAACCUGCUGCUGCUGCAGUAUCUGCUGCUGCAGCAGCACAUACUGUGGCAGUAAGUCCUGCUGCAGCAGCAGCUGCUGUUGGUGCAGGAGGAGAGGCAGCAGCUGCAGCAGCAGCACCUUCUGCUGCUGCAGUAGCUGCUGCUGCAGCUCGCGAAAGCCUGCCAGGGAUUGCGAAGCAAAUGGUGCUGCUGCUGCAGCAGCGGCAGCUGCUAAGCUGCCCUCACAGAUGGAGAAGCGAGGCCAGCGAAGCAGCAGCAGCAAACAGCAAAAGCAGUGAACGGGCAGAUGAAAGCAAACAAAAAAUUAAGCAGCAGCAAACACUAAAUAAUUUGGGGGAUCUUAAAGAACUCCAAUACCGACUAGAAUUCAUCAGGGCACAAAUUGAGGGCAGCUGCACUGCGCCAUAG